GGGAACGGAAGCGGGAGCGGGGGGGCGUGUUUGUCAGAGGACCCGUCGUCGCGCCUGUGUGCCCCGUUCUGUUUGUUUCUCCGCGAUGUUUCCGAGGGUCUCGGCUCUCCUCCCUCUUCGCCCCCUUUCCCGCCUCCCUUUGUGCUCCGGAGGCCCAGAGGUAUCGGCGGCCGCCGUCGUGCUACUCGCUUCUCCGCGUGGAACUGUCAGGACAAAAAAUAAUAUCCAAAGAUAUUUUGGCACUAACAGCGUGGUCUAUAGCAAGAAAGAUGAGCAGUCUGUUCCAACCCGUGAGAUUUCCAAGGAGACAGAGAGCCAACACAGUGUAAAGGAGAAUACGAAAAAAGACUUGGUAAAUAUUCUUAAGGGAAUGAAAGUUGAAUUAAGCAAAGUAAAUGUACAAACAACAAAGCCACCCAACAGAAGACAACUUAAAAGUAUGGAGCCUUCAACUGUCAGACUUCAGAAUGCUCCAGAAGAUGCCCCACAAAAGAGAAGUGAGUCCCUGAACCCGGAGUUGGUGGCAGCUGCCUCCGCGGUUGCAGACUCUCUCCCUUUUGACAAGCAGAUGACCAAGUCGGAUCUGCUCAAGCAGCUCCAGCAGCACGAGGAAGUCUCGAGGGCACAGAAGGAUGGAGAGAGACCUAAAAUUAGUUUCACUGACAUCAUAUCAGAUAUGAAAGUUGCCAGAUCUGCCACAGCAAGAGUUAGCACAAGACCAGUGCAUCAGAUUCAGUUUGAUGAAGGGACUGAUUUUGUUGGCCAAGAGAAGCCUGCUGAUCUGAGAAGAAGUUUUAGGAAAAAUAUAUUCAAGGGGAAGAGGCUUAAUAUUUUUGAGCUUAAGGCAGUUACUGAAGAGGCACCUGAAACAGAGGCAGUACCUUCUCUUUGGGAUGUAGAAUUUGCUAAGCAGUUAGUGGCAGUCAAUGAACAACCCUUUCAGAAUGGUUUUGAAGAGAUGAUCCAGUUGACAAAAGAGGGCAAAUUGUGGGAGUUCCCAAUUAACAAUGAAGCAGGUUUUGAUGAUGAUGGUUCAGAAUUUCAUGAACAUAUAUUUCUGGAUAAAUACCUGGAGGACUUUCCAAAACAAGGACCAAUUCGCCACUUCAUGGAGUUGGUGACCUGUGGCCUUUCCAAAAACCCAUAUCUGAGUGUUAAACAGAAGGUUGAACAUAUAGAGUGGUUUAGGAAUUAUUUUAAUGAAAAACGGGACAUUCUAAAAGAAAGUGGCAUACAGUUCAACUGAAGAUCAUGGAAAUUUUUAUUUCAAGCUGUUGGAGAUUCAUAUUAUAUUAUA